CGUCUUUAUAAAGUUGACACAUGUUGAUAUGAUUCUCUUCUUGUCUACGCAGUUCGUACCGUAACAAUUUAAACAGAGAAAGUACUUUUUGCGGCUUGAAGACAAGUCGGAAACAGUGGAGGAAGGAACAGUGUCAUAUGUAGAGUGUGAAAGUGUCGUAUAAUUGUAGCUGGAAAAAUGGCGUCUUUCUGUUCUAGAGGACUUAGGAUUUGUAGUCGACAGCUGUUGAACAGUCAAGCAAGGAAUUUUUCUAAGUUUCCGACAAAGAUGAGAGCUUACAGCUGGGCAGCAACCUUUGCCAAAACGCAACGCCAAGAUCAGCAGGUGACAGUGUCUGCAGUUAAAGUGAAUCAGCCUGACACCGUACAUGUGGAAUUCAGUGACAAUAUGUCUUGCUGUUUUAAAAAUAUAUGGCUAAGAGACAACUGUCAAUGUCCAGAAUGUAUUCAUCCUCAGACACUUCAGAAGAUUGUUGAUACUGUGAACUUAGAUCUCGGAACGCGACCAAAAAAUGUCGGGGUUAAUGAAACGGGACAAGUGGAGGUGGAAUGGAUAUCUUCUGAUGGAAGUUCAACUCACAAAAGUGCUUAUGAUAUCAAAUGGCUGUAUGAGUAUUCCAAAUGUUUUCGCGAUUCGGCCAAUAUUUGUCGCUACAUCCACCCGUCAGUAGAGUACUGGAAUCUUAACACAUUCCCCACUGGGAAACCACCUACCAUCCAAUAUGAGGAUUUUAUGGAAACUGACGAAGGUUUGAAGGCUUUUCUGGAAGCAAUGAUUAAAUAUGGCAUUGCUUUGAUUAAAGGAACGCCCACAACAGAAGAAGGAAUAAUAAAAACCACAGAACGUUUUAGUUUUGUAACACCCACCAUGUACGGAAAAAGCUUCAAUGUCAAGUUUAUACCUACCGACCCACGUCUUCAUCUUGCCUAUACUGGAUUUGCUUUGGAACAACAUACAGAUCUUCCCUAUAAGGAAAAAUCACCUGGGAUCCAGAUACUUCACUGUAUAAACUCCUCGCUAGUAGCAGGUACGCACGAAGCAGGAGGAAUGUCUGUUUUCAAUGACGGUUACUACGCUGCCAAUUGGCUGAAGGAGAACCACCCAGAAUAUUUUCACAUUCUCUCUACUAUUCCAAUCACAGCGUAUGUAAGUAUGAAUUCAGUAGCAAGGUGUACUUUCAGAGAUGUUUUUCGAAGACCAGCAUUUUCUUGUUUGAAAUUUUACAAGUUACAGCUAUGGCAUUUAAAAAUUGUCAUGUUUUGAUCUUGACAUUUCACA